AUGCCUGUUUCCAUCUAUCACAUACGCUAUUCAUUAUCUAUCUAUCUAUCUAUCUAUCUAUCUAUCUAUCUAUCUAUCUAUCUAUCUAUCUUAUUUUUCAUUUCUAAAUGCUUCUUCUUAUUUAAUAACGUCUGCUUCUAUCCUUUUUUUUUCUCAUGCCAUCGUCUUUUUUUUCCAAUUCAUUGUUUGGUUGUUUCUUUUUUUAUCCUCUUCCUUUUCUCUUUGAUUUUUUCUUGUUUUAUUAUAUGUGCCUCUUCUUUCUUUCUUUCUUUCUUUAUUUAUUUAUUUAUUUAUUUCUCGCUUUCUUUCUUUCUUUUGAAUUACUCCUUUCAUUGUUAUUGCACUAAAUUUCAUAUCUCUUUCUUUCUUUUCCCCUCUUUACUACCAUUUAGUAUAGACUUUCUUUUAUCCACUCUUUCUUUCUUUCUUUCUUUCUUUCUUUCUUUCUUUCUUUCUUUCUUUCUUUCUUUCUUUCUUUCUUAUACUGACAUCAGUUUCUCCGCUUUUUAUCUUUCUUUCUUUUUUCUUAUAUAUAUGUAUUUUAAUCAACUCUUUCUAAUGUCUCCUUUUUUUCCGUCUUCUCUUAUAUUGUCUGCAUUCAUUCAUUUGUUCUUUCUUUCUAUCUUCUUUCUUUCUUUCUUUCUUUCUUUCUUUCUUUCUUUCUUUCUUGUUUUCGUUUCUUUUAGGCUUACGACCAUAUCACUAAUCACGUUUUUUCUUUAUUACUUUUUUAUAUUUCUUUCUUUCUUUCUUUCUUUCUUUCUUUCUUUCUUUCUUUCUAAUGUGUUCUUUUUCCCGUUCCGUCUACUCUUAUAUUGUCUGCAUUCAUUCAUUUGUUCUUUCUUUCUUUCUUUCUUUCUUUCUUUCUUUCUAAUGUGUUCUUUUUUCCUUUCCGUCUUCUCUUAUAUUGUCUGCAUUCAUUCAUUUGUUCUUUCUUUUCUUUCUUCUUUCUUCUUUCUUUCUUUCUUUCUUUCUUUUUUCUUUCAUUCAUAA